GUUUUGUGUAUGAGACCGGGCACCGGUUAGUUCAAAAAAAAUGUCAAUGUGAACUGUUCGGCCAUCAAAUGCCUAACUUCAAGCUAGAGCCGAUCAAGUACAAUCCCAAUGACCGGAGAACGCCAAAAAUGCUCUAUUCAAAAAAACAGUACAAUGAGAAAGUCAAAGUCGAUAACUGGUACAUGAACAUUGAAUUUCAACCUGUCGACAUUAAUCCUUAUAACCCCAAGUGCUUUCGAUUGCACAAUUCUCACUACAAUAGACUUGGAAAUCUGGACCAGAAAACCCUCAUAUCGGAAGACCAUGACUGUUAUAGGAACGUUUCGCCAAAAACGUCUCACUUUGAGCACAAUCCGCACAAAUUCCUGAUUAAUGCCUACAGUUACCCAUACUCCUGUCCUAAUGACCAGAGCAAACAGUCAUGUCCACAAAAUGACGCUGAUUUUACAACGACAAUGCAACGCAGUUACUCAUCUCCUUAUCCAAGCAAGAUAAGAAGGUUGAUGAUGCCUAAAACGGGACCUGAAAACAAGAUAAUGAAAAGUAGGGACGAAUGCAAGUUCCUCGAUGAUAAUUUCGUUAAUUACACCAAGGCCUUGCAGGAUAUGAAAGGAUUUCGGCACAUUUCCAGCCUUUAGAUUCCUACAAGGGCGUCAGUUAUGGCAGCCAAAAUAAACUAAAAAUAAAUGUAUUUAAAUCAA